UUGAGAAGAAUGAAGACCAAGUUUGCGGUAAACUGUCUCAAAACCCUUGUCCUCAUCUACUCCUUUGUCUUUUGGAUCACAGGGGUGAUCCUGUUGGUGACUGGAGUCUGGGGAAAGCUUACUCUGGACAUCUAUAUCUCUCUUCUUGCCAGGGACUCUGCAAAUGUUCCCUUUGUGCUCAUUGGAGCAGGCGCCCUGGUUGUCAUGUUUGGUCUAUUUGGAUGCUUUGCUGCAUACCGAGGCAGCCCGUGGAUGCUGAAGCUGUACACUUUGUUUCUGUCCUUGGUGUUCCUGGCUGAGGUCGCUGUUAGCAUUCUAGGGCUUAUAUGUCACCAUGAGAUCAAGAACAGACUCCUAAAGGUUUACACCAAUGCUGUGCAGAAUUAUAAUGGCAAUGAUGAGAAGAGCCAGGCCAUGGACCAGCUGCAGCGCACCCUGAACUGCUGUGGCAUGAACAACUACACCAACUGGGAGAACAGCACAUAUUUUCUGGAUCAUGGUAUCCCCAGAAGUUGCUGUAAAGAUGUAGCUGACUGUAAUCCCGAGGAUCUAUACAAUCUGGCCACAGCUGCCACCAAAGUUAACCAGAGGGGCUGUUAUGUUCUGGUGAUGGGUUUCUUGGAGGCCAACAUGGGGAUCAUCAUUGGAGUGCUGUUUGCAGUCACAUUCUCCCAUUUGGUUGGCAUGAGGCUGUCCUGUUGUCUGUCCCGGUUCAUCAUGACCCAUCAGAAUGAGAUUAUGUGA